AUGUGCGAGUCCGCCUCCCUACUAGCUGCAGCCGGAGACCAAGACGGCCACCACCACCAGGGGGUGACCAAGGCAGCCGAGAUGGACACGGGUGGCCUGCUGGACCAUUCCCCGGCAGCCCUCGGCCCGAGCCCUCUUCCCACGCCGCCUCCACCGCUCGUGUUCUACCAAGACGAUUACCGGUACUACUACGACGACGACAGUUGCCUCCAGGAGGACCAGGAGGGCGACGACGGCGCCUAUCAACUGCUCCAGGACGAGGAGGAGGACGUCGCCGCCACCAGCUCGCUUGCUGCCAGGCUACGUGAGCUCGUUCGCCAGAAGCUGGCCGAGGUGAACGCCUCCAGCGCGGUCGUCGCGGGGCUCGGCCUCGUCGGGAGCGCCGUCGGCGCCUACUUCCUCUGGCCCGCGGCCGCGGCCGCCGCCACCGCCGCCACCAUGGCAGCACCCGGGGCCGCCGGUUUCCUCAUCUCCCGUGUGGCGUUUGAAGCCAACUCAAAGCUCUACUUCAAGAUCCUCCGCACUGCCGGAGCAGCAGCGGCUGCCGCCGCUUUCGCCGUGUAG